UAGAUAUUUUAAUGUUUGGUCUCCGCUUGUGGAUGGCCGGCGACUCGCGCCACAAAUGCACGUGUAGCUGCGCGCUACUCUUCAAGUUCGUGCGGACUCCUGGUGUUGCUGCCACCGUUGGGAGUAUAAGAAAGAAGAACAUAAGGACGUCGGGUCUUUGAAGGCUUUACUUUGCAAGACCUCCUUCCGUCAUUUUUGCUCUUUGCUGCGUUCACGCGCAAAUUGUAUUUUUGAUGGAUUGAGGCCCGCCGAAGUUUUGCGCGCGGGUUUAGCCCUCUUCUACCCCCCGAAAAAAGGCACGUCUUCGGACCCUUCAGGUCGUUGCCCCUCCGCCCGCGUUGCGCCCGCGCUUCGCCAUCAGCAUCAGCAUCAGCUAUAUAGGUUGUCUCUCUCUCUCCCUCUCUCUCUCUCUCUCUCUCUCUCUUUCAAUAAGAAGAAAAAGGAAACUGUUAGUAAUUACAUCAGUUGUUGUGGCUUUCCUCCCAAGAGGUGCUAAAGAAAAACCUCAAGCCUUAGAAAGUCUUUGCCUACUGCUCUGUUGAAUGCCAGCGAGUCCUACCUUCAGCACGCUCGCUAAUUGCAUAUUGGAGUUGGUUUUUAUAAUUUUAUCUCCCUCGAUGUCGACCCGACUCAUCGCAAACAGAGCCUCUGCGCAGAAGAGUAUGAUCCGCUUUUUUUUUUGCGUCUCACGCAGCGAACAUUUAAUAGAAUGCAGAACAAGAAGGCAAUCUCAUACAGAGUUUCCCAAGACCGUUUUUUUUGCCCUGCACGUGACUCGUUUCUCGAUUUUCCUUUUUUCGAAUUACCGUAAGCCUUAUACAGUACCUGAGCACACCAUCAUACUGGUAGAAAAAGAAUACUGGUUUGUCUGUUGGUAAUUAAAUUUUUUUUUUUCCGAUCAGAUGAAUGUGUAGGGGAAGCGUGCCGCAGCAACCAUGUUUUUGCUGUUUUGUUAUCUCCCUCUGGUACAAAUGAGGGGAAGCGACGUUGUGGCAGCGGGAAUUCUCCUAUUCGUUCUGAUUGCGAAGUAGCACUGACGACCAAUAAGCCGAAGUGAAGAUUUGUUUUUACCGUUACGUAAUAUCAUAAUAAAAAUACCUUUUUUUUGUUGUUCCCUAAUACCAAAAUUUUCUCAUCCUUCUGCGUAGAAGCAAUGCGCAUUUGUGUCCAGUUCUUAGUUUCAUGCUUAAAUAAAUGAAGCAGUCCGCUCGCCUUGAAGCGGAAGUCAGCACAGGAUACUUUGAUGUAUGAUUUUUCUAUGUGGAGUCUUUUUGUUGUGAGAAAAACGGCAAAGAUACCGCUCUUGAUGCGGUAUCGCGUUUCUCUUUCCCACUCGUAAAUAAAUGCAAAUCUAACGAGAGGAGGCAUGUUUCGCACUACCUCUCAAUGUAGUACUAAAAAGGCAUGUCGCUAUGUUUUUUUCUCUACAGUACUUACUAUGAAGACUACUAUGGCAACUACGCGAAGCUCAAGCUAUAGUUUUACGAAGAAGAGCAAACAAAGACUAAUAUCCAACUGUUGUUGGCAGUCAUAAUGAUCAUCCGCAUUAUCAGAGUUUGCAGCUUCUGAAUCUGACUGAUUCUGCAAGCAAAAACAAUGAAUCGAAGCCCACGACGUAAAAAGUUUUGUCUAUAGUCGGACCUGCUGUACUGCUCAGCAAUUCGAAGCUUCGUGACAAAGCUGAUUGCGAAAGACUUCUUGGGGAUUGCGAGCGAGCCAGCAAUGAACACGCAUCGCAAGAACAAACUUCUCGAAAACCUGGAGCUUUAUUUUUGCAGUCACAUCAACAUGAUCUACACCAGAACUCAAAAAAAAUUGACUCUGGUUUCGUAUUUCUUGGCAAUGCUACUUAUUUCGAUUUAUUAAUUGCAGUUGUUCGUCAGAUCGGGACGACGACAAGUGCUGGCAAUGGUGGACAAGUUAUG